AAAGUAUCGCAGAUUGUACGCCACAUAACCGACACACCUUCAGUCAUAAAUGAUAGGCAAGAACUCCCAGAUCCGAGAUCCGUCCGGGAGCCCGUGGAAGACUGUCAGUGUGUGAUGGGUAUGCCUGGGCAAUCGAGAAUGGUCUCUGGAUACUUUUCUGAUGACAGAAGAUCCGAAGGUCCCCGAGACAUUCCCGGGUGUGGCUUGCAGCUCGCUUCCCAUCAUUUCUCACGUCAAAAGAAGAGGUAA